AUGCCGCCAAAGAAGGGACCGCCUGGGCCGUCGAAAAAGUCAGAGAACAAAGAUAAGAAGAAGACGAUCGAGGACAAGACAUUCGGGUUAAAGAACAAGAACAAAUCAGCAAAAGUCAACAGAUAUGUGCAGCAGGUCGAGAGCCAAGUAAUGUCGGGCGGCAGCCCCAAGACGCGCAAGGCCGCGGACGAAAAGCAGCUGCUCGAGAAGAAGAAGCUGGAAGACAAGAAGAAGCUGGAUGAAUUUGCCGAGCUCUUCAAGCCCAUUGUGCAGCAAAAGGUGCCCUUUGGCGUGGAUCCCAAAACGGUUCUUUGCGAGUUUUUCAGGGUGGGGGCGUGCAAAAAGGGAGACAAGUGCAAGUUCUCCCACAACACAGCAGUGGAGCGCAAGGGCGCCAAAAUGGACGUGUACACGGACAAGCGCGACCAAGAGAAGGAGGAGGACACGAUGGACACUUGGGAUCAGGCCAGGCUGGAACAGGUUGUCACGUCAAAGCACGGCAACCCCCAGACCACGACAACUAUCGUGUGCAAGCACUUCCUCGAGUCUAUUGAGAGUGGCAAGUACGGGUGGUUUUGGGACUGCCCCAAUGGCGGUGACAAGUGCAAGUACAAGCACGCGCUGCCCCCUGGCUUCGUGCUCAAGAAGGACAAGAAGGACAAGGACAAAGUGGAGAUCUCCCUGGACGAGUUCCUUGAGACCGAGCGCCACAAGCUGGGCUCGAACCUGACGCCCGUCACGCUCGAGUCGUUUACCAAAUGGAAGGUCGAGCGCAAGGCGCGCAAGGAGGCCGAGGAUCGCGACGCCCAGGUAGCCAAGGAGAAGGCCUUCAAGGCCGGAAAGCUUGGCAACAUGUCUGGUCGUGACUUCUUCGAGUUCAAUCCCGACACGUACGACGACAGUGGCGAGGGCGACGACAACACCUUUGACUUUUCACAGUACCGGAACGUCGAUGGCGGCUACCAGCAGGACGAGCAGAUUGACGAAUCGGCCCAGAACGAGGAUCUGUUUGCGGCCGAGAAUCUCGAGGACUUGACAAUCGAUGACGACGACGACGACCAGGAGUGA